AUGUACAAGCGGAUCGACCAUAACAACCUCAAAGCACAGCUCGGCCAAUGUGUUGAUUUGGCUACCUCAGCUAUGGGUGGCAGCAUUGUCGCAGUAACCGACGAGUUUUUCGCACCCGCCAUCAGAAUGAUCGAUGCCGCACCCGCUGUGAGUGCCCCUGGCAAAUUCGACGAUCACGGCCAGUGGAUGGACGGUUGGGAAACAAAGCGCCAUAACCAACGAGACUACGACUGGUGCAUCAUCAAACUCGGAUUCGCCGGAUCAGUAAGCGGAUUCGAUAUCGAUACCAGCUUUUUCACCGGCAACCAGGCGCCUGCUGCGUCUGUGGAUGCCGUUUUUUGCCCCGAGGGCGAGGACCUCGACAAUGCACAGUGGACAGAGAUUUUGCCCCGCGUCGAUUUACCUCCGUCGUGCCACAAUGCUUUUGUCCUGAACAACGCAACCAAGGUUUUCACUCAUGUCCGCAUCAACAACUACCCCGACGGUGGCAUUGCUCGCUUCCGUGUUUACGGUCAAGUGGCUCCUCAGUGGCCCGCAAACGUUUCCGAGGUUUUGGAUUUGGCAUAUGUGGGCUAUGGCGGUCGUGUUGUCUCUGCUACGGAUGAGCACUAUGCACCCGCAAGCAACAUUCUCUUGCCUGGCCGUGGCAAGGACGCAGACGACGGAUGGCAGACCAAGCGAUCCCGUGUGCCAAACCAUAACGACUCCGUAGUCAUCCGUCUCGGAGCCAAGGGCCACAUCUUGAAGGUCGAGGUCGACACAUCCGAUUUCAAGGGCAACUAUCCCAACCGGAUCAAGUUGGAGGCCACCAACACCAAUGCCGAGGUGCCUGAUGCCAGCAGUCAGUGGGUCACCGUGGUCCAGCCCUCAUCCACAGGUCCUCACGGCCAGUUCUACUUUGAUGCUUCGCACACUGACCAAGUAUUUUCGCACGCUCGUGUUAGCAUUAUUCCCGAUGGUGGCUUCAAGCGCAUCCGCCUGCACGGCGUGCGUCAAGGAGGCCAAAUCCCUAGCCUGCCUCUCCCCAACUUCCCCAAGCGCAUCAUCGUGGCCGAACCCUUGACGUCCGAAAAGUAUGCGCCUUUCGGUGAAGUCAUUGAGGCUAAGCUGAACAUUAAAGUCACUGGUGCCAACCAGGGCACUGCCAAAAAGUUCCACCAUGUCGCCAAGGUCACCAACGCCUUCCCCAACGACAGCGGCAAAGUCAACCUGUGCGUCUUCCGCAGUUCCCCCACCAAAGAACUUCCAUUCAAAGUCAAGUUGUUUGAACGUCAUCCUUACUCCAGCCAGCAGUUCGUCCCCAUGACCAACGGAAAGACACGUGGCUACCUGGUCAUCGUAUGCUUGAAUAACGAGGAUGGAUCGCCCGACUUGACCACCACAAAGGCAUUCAUCGCCUCGUCCACCCAGGGCAUUAGUUAUAGACGCGGUGUAUGGCACCAUCCCAUGAUUUCCUUAGAGCAUGAAACUGACUUUGCUUGCCUUGUGCACGAAAACGGCACCCCUAACGAUGAUUGCCAGGAAGCUUAUGUAGACGGCGUCGUUGUCCAGGUGCCUGGAUUCCAAGGCAACUCGAAAAUAUAA